AUGCCGCCAAAAAAGGCCGCGAACCCUGCUCGUGGGCGUCCCAAAGGCAGCAAGAGCAAGCAGUCGUCGGCCUCAGCAGCGCCGCCCGAGUCUAGCAACCCGUUCGAAUCCUCAGAUGAUCAAGCGGAGGGCAAUACGCUGGGCGAGCCGGAGCUUGAAGUUGAAGAGAAUGCUGGGGCAGAAAAGUCAAUCCCAGAGGACCUGCUGACGCGGGUGCUUCAUGAGUUGUUCGCCAAGGCCGCGACGCGGAUAUCGCGUGACGCGAACGCGGCCGUGGGCAAGUACGUGGAUGUCUUUGUGAGAGAGGCCAUCGCGAGAGCGGCUGUGGACAAGAGGGGCGGCUUCUUGGAGGUUGAGGACCUAGAGAAGAUUGCUCCACAGCUCUUGUUGGACCUCUGA